CCCUUCCCGUCCGCUCCCCCAUCUCCGAAUCGCAUCGAUCUCUCGUCUCCUCGUCGCUGUCUCCACCUCCUUCAGGCUUCAGCUCCGCCUCGCCUAGGGUUUCGACUUUCGAUUCGCAUCUCGCCUCGCCGCCGGCGCCAUGGACGACCCCUACAUCGACGAGGACGGCGAGCCGCUCAUGGACCCCUACGACCGCGACCCCUCGCCGGAGCCCCAGCAGCAGCCGCCCUUCGACGACCUCGAGGACGACCUCGGCGACGACGGCGCCGACUGGAACCGCGGCCGCUCCCCGACCCCCGUGCACGGGGACGACGGGGCGGGGUCCUCCUCCAAGCCCCGCAAGCGUCUCCUCAAGAAGGGCGGGGGCGGCGGGGACCAUGGGAUGCCCGGCGACGGGCUGGACGACUGGAGCGAGGAGGCGGCGGGGUUGGCGGAUGACGACGUCGACCCCGAGGCGGAUGCCACGAAGAAGAGGAAGGGGUCGUCGGCUUUGAGGGACCUUGCGAGGGGCGGCGGGAAGGAGAAGAAGGAGAAGAAGAGGAGGAAGGAGGACGGGAGGGAGAGGGAGAGCAGGGGAAUGGGGAUGGGAAGGGAGAAGAGGGGCGGUUCUGGAGGGAAGGGAUUCAGCGGCGGCGGGCAUGGGGAGCAGGAUGAAGGGGAGAGGGAGAUCCAGGAGCUCUGGGAUACCAUAGCUGGCGGUGACUCUGAGGAUGAUCAAGAAGGUGUUAGAACCGUCGAUGAUGAUAACUUCAUUGACGAUACUGGGGUUGAUCCAGCUGACCGUUAUGGCAGUGAUAAUGAUGGCCACUCACCUCGGCAUUAUCCACAGGCAGAGGAAGCGGAAGAGGAUGAUGAGCUUGAUCGGCUCUUUAAGGGUGGGAAGAAGAAGAAGAAGAAGAAUGAACGGCCUCGUGCUGAUAUUGGUCUUAUAGUGGAACAAUUCAUUGCUGAGUUUGAAGUGGCAGCAGAAGAAGAUGCGAACUUAAAUAGGCAAUCAAAACCAGCCAUUAAUAAACUUAUGAAGCUUCCACUACUCAUAGAUGUGCUCUCAAAGAAGAAUCUCCAGCAGGAAUUCCUUGAUCAUGGAGUUCUCACUCUUCUAAAAAAUUGGCUUGAACCUUUGCCUGAUGGUAGCUUGCCAAAUAUGAAUAUCCGAACAGCCGUUCUGAAAUUAUUGACUGAUUUUCCCAUUGAUUUGGAGCAAUAUGAUAGAAGGGAGCAGCUUAAGAAAAGUGGUCUGGGGAAGGUCAUUAUGUUUUUGUCAAAAUCUGAUGAGGAGACUACUUCUAACAGAAAGCUGGCCAAGGAACUUGUUGAUAAAUGGAGUCGACCAAUAUUCAACAAAAGCACAAGAUUUGAGGAUAUGAGGAGAUAUGAUGAUGAAAGAGCUCCUUACAGGCGACCGCAAAUGAAGAAGCCUUCAUCAAGUAGUUCUGGAAUGGAAUCCAGGGACGAUGAUCUUGAUGCCGACUUCUCUCAGCGCAAGUCUGGGCAAAGUGGUGCCAGGCAGCAUGCUUCUAGGCCAGAAGCAUCCCCUCUGGACUUUGUUAUCCGCCCGCAGUCUAAGAUUGAUCCUGAACAAAUUAGGGCUCGUGCUAAGCAGGUUGUCCAAGACCAGCGCCGGUUAAAGAUGAACAAGAAACUACAGCAGUUGAAAGCACCAAAGAAGAAAAACCUUCAGGCGUCAAAACUCAGUGUUGAAGGGCGUGGAAUGAUCAAGUACUUGUAAACUAUCCACCUCGAAGCCCUUGCACGGUUGUGUCCAUAAUGCCCUUGCAAAGCAAUGUAUGCAUUGGGCCGCGGAGGCAGCAUAAAGCACACUACCACUAUCGGGGAGCAAAUGGUUUAUUGGAUAAUUUUGGAUUGUUGAGCCAAAGAUCUUUCCAUUCUGGUAGGUAGGGUCCUAUAUGCGAGCUUAAGAGACACGAUCAUUCGGCAACUAUUGAUAACAAAGGUUUAUACUAUUUUUGGUCAUGAUGCAUAUAUCGUGUUUAAAGAAGAAUGAUGGUGUCUUUACUGUAUACAUGGCUAUCAUGCUUCACAGCGAAAUCUGAUCGGGAUGCAACUUUGUAUUGGACUGAAGUUACUCACCUCUGUACUAAAGAACAGGCAGCCUUGCUCUGUAAUAAAAACAUAUUGUGACAA